GCGAUUUUUAGAAUUUCAUCUGCUUAUUGUUUCGAUACCCUGGCAUUUAAACUGGGGUAAAACCCUGUUGCUGUAUAAGUUUCUAGUCUUGAUACUCGAAACGUUGGACUGUAACCGGAGCCUAAGUACACGACUCGGUAAUUAAUCCUCAGGCUUCCCAGCACAGCACAGGCGAGCACAAGUCAAUAGGGGCACAAAACUUGACUGUUACCCAAACAUCUGUGCAAAGAAUACCAGUGGAAACCAUGAGAGCGUUAUUUGUAAUCAGCAGUCCUCUCCAAAAUCUACCACAAUCGGCUUUUUGCAGUCAAGAACCAGAAAAAAAACAUCAGAAUGUAGUCACGUGACGCGUGCCACACACAGGCAACAGGUGGAUAGGGUGGAUGACCUGACAGAAAGGCGAGCUGUGCCGUUUGUUGACAGUAGGCUGGUCCGACUCUCGGCCACAGCACUGGCAGGGCGCGCAGGACGGAGCCAUGUUCGAAAUGCUCGGGCAGGUCCGGCGGGGCCGCCGCUCGUCCUGCCCGUCCAUCAUUCUCAACGACAAGAACGCCGCCGCCGCCGCAUUCUACAACUCCCCGGAUGCUAUAAUCGUGCAGAGUGCAGUAGUGUCUCUGUUCCAGCACAAGAAACUGCCGCCCAAUGAGCUGGACUUAUUGAACGAGAAAAUAAGAAUGCUGAUGAAGACAGAGGUCGGACCGUUCAUUUUAGACUACUUCCAGAAUCAGUUAUUGAAGAAAGGAAUGGUGAUUCUACGAGAAAAGAUCAAGAGAGAAAAAGGCCAACAGCUGCUGGAGAGUCUGUCGGACAUUUGGGACUACUUUUUCUGCGAGGUGCUGCCCAUGCUGCAAGCCAUAUUCUGCCCCGUGCAGGCCACGGGCUUUUCUGUCAGAGAGAUGUCGUUAGUCGGUUUUAGGGACACAAUCUUGUUGAAGAUAGCGUUUUCAGAGGCAUUAGAUACCCCAGACGUCGUCAUCAGUCCCUCCAUCACGCAAAUGCUGCUGGUCUUACAGAGUGUGCACGACAACAACCCAGAAUAUCUCCAGUUGGAGUCGCUGGUGGCCAGAAUAGUGAGCCCGUACCUGGGGCUGCGCGGGCUGUACAUGGGCGGGCCGGAACCCCUCAUCCCCGCCAACAAACCCGUCACCGUCGUGCUCAGACAGAAGACACUGGGAGACGAGCCAUUGAAAGGUGAACGCCCCCUCAGCAUGCAGCUCUUCCCGUCCCAGCAGCUGGACGAGCAGCUCCCGGCCCCGGGCCGGGGGGAGGCGCACAAGCGCACCCCGUCCGCUGUGGGACAGGGCUUAGACCCGCUGGUGGAGGGGGAGGUCAUGACACGGGGGUUCGGCAGGAGGCACAGCAUCGCCGGCGGCGCGGGGGACAGUCAGAAGAGUCAGGACGACGUGACACAGGUGGCAGGGUCCGACUGAUGGGAACAGUGAUGGCGCUGCACACAGAAAAGAUCGUCGGUUGCCUUAGUAAAGUAGAGGUCCUCGGUGGUGUAUUUCUAAGAGACAUUUUGAAGCCACAUUUUAAGCUGCUUUGAAGUGUUGGUGGAAAUCAGAUGGUCAGGUACCAGGCUGAAGUAUACAGGACAAUCUAGAACAAAAUACAGUCUUCGUCUAUUCAGAGUACGCUGUCAGUCUGUAACACGUGGAAACAGUGAGAAUAUAUAAAUGUUGAUGUUAGCAUCCGCAGAUGGUUCUGUACUGUGAAGCUUUUUUUAGCCUAAAUAAUAGGUUGUUCUGCUUAGCCACUGGCUCAGGCCACUCGGUACCAAUUGCUUGUUUCUCAGACAAAUUCAAACCCAAGACUACUGAAAAUAGGAGCCAUUAUUUCCCAAAGUCUCGUAUAUUUGACAACAGUGGAUGUAACCAAACAAACUGACUAUGAGCAGAUAAUACGUAAUACAGACCGCUCCACAGCAAAUGCUAGACUUUGCAUAGUAUUUAUAAGUGUUAAAUAUGAUGUAUAUUUUUCUGUAAUGUAAAUCCGAUAUUGACCGUGGAGGAAAAUUGUAGAAAUAUUUUUGAAAAACAGAACUGUAUUGUAUAUGUCUAAAUGAUUACAGAUAUCACAGUACUACAAUCUGAUUCCUGUCAUUGUUUCACAUA